UGGCAUCUGCGCAGCCAGUCUACGCCGGUACCAUUGCCCAUCUCGCUGCUGGACCGACUGAGUCGUCCGGUCGGGCAAGAGCUCGGCGUCAACGAGUUGACGGGAACAGAGGACGAGGCGAGCUCGAAUCAGUUCAAGGCUGGCGUCCGAGACGGAGGGGCCGAUGACUCGGAGCCUGUGGCGCCAGAUUUCGCGUCUGGGCUGCCGGUGCGGACGAACCUCGGGCAAGAGGCCGUCAUGUUGUCGUCUUCCGGACGCGAGGCCGGGCCGGAGGAGGGGCUGGCGGGACUCGAGCUCGUCGGCACAGCCGAGGCCGGUGGUGAGUCGAGCAGUGCUCACGGGCGUCUGAGGCAACUGUCCGGACCUGUGGGCGACAAUUGGGCGGAGUUGCAGGCGGAGCAGAUGACGGUUAGCUGCUCGCUGGAUCCUGCAUUUUCGCAGGUCACAAGUCGCCAGAUGCCCCGCCUGAAGCCGUUCAAUUACUACAAACGGGAAAAUAGUUGGGCAAUGUGUGAUGGGCUCUGCGUCUGGGCGCAUCACAACACUCUCGGAUGUUGCCGAGCCAUCAAGAACACACCAACCAUAAUGUCGAAGUACGUUUCAUUUCGUUUGAAGAAGCGACUGUCAGGGAUUCGCAAGUUGGAGCUGUGA